AUGUUCGCCGAGUGUGACCCGGUCUCGUCCACGUGCAGCUGCCCUGCUGACAUGUACCAGGACGGAGUCAGAUGCAGGCACGGUAGGCAGCUGGAGGAGAAGGGUUGGUGCUAUUUUUCGGCAUCUGGAUUCUCUCUUUACGACGGCCGCUGGGUCCUUGUUCGGUCGGGCCUUAUUCCGAUCAGCUGGGACUUGGCUCUCCUUUAUUGCAACAACAGAUACGCAAAUAUGUUUAUCCCAAGGAGCUCCUCCGAUUGGUCUUGGAUGAUGAGUAAAAUGGGCAUUUUAGAUUUCGGCUGUUUCGUGCCCAUCAAUGACAAGGCUGUGGAGGGACAGCUUGUUUGGAACGACGGAACAUCCAUAGCCGGCGACACCGUGGUAGUCUGGAACCAGAACGUCGUGGGAUCCGGGAACUUCCUCCUUAACAACUGUGCAGCUGUGACCAAAAUACCCUUCGUCGGUGCAAAGACAUCGAUGGGGCUCUGCUUUCUGCUGCUCAACUUCGUGACCGUUUGCGAGGCCAUGCCGGAAGCUCUUGAAAACAACUAUCAGUACACCGUUGACAUUACUAAAGACCAAAUGAGAGACAGCGAACGAGAACGUCUAUGUAUAAAUCUCAAAAAAAGUAGCAGAGGAGCAGCACAGGGCAGGGGAAGCUGGUCAGGUGAAGCAGGUCGGGUUAUUUUAGGUGAAGACGUCAUGUGA